GUCGGUAACGGGGAAGCUUACGUUUGUGAAUUGGUCUCCAGUUUUGGGCGACGAAAAAUUUGAACUUUCUUCAAAAGUCUGAAUACUAGAUAUCCAUUUAGGUUUUAAUUUUCUUGCUUCCUUGUAUAUAUUUGGAAUGCUUGCUUUGAUGGGGUUUUGAUUUUUUGUUGGUUUCUGACGUUUUCCAUUGCAUUCUUGAGGAGAGAAGUCUAGAUAAGAUAUUAUCUGAUUGUUUUGUUUUGGUUUUGACUGGGCCGUUCGUUUUCGGGUAAUCUUAUAUUUGGUUGAUUGGUUUGUGGAGGAAGGAAGCAGUUUUUGCUAGGAAUUGUGAAUUUCUUGGGUUGAUGGGGGGUAGUAGUUCAAGGGAGGGAAGUUGGAGGCAGAAUUCAUCUUCAUGGAAUUCUCAUUAUGGGUAUCCUCAGUCAUCAUAUGGUCAAGAAAGCCCGAGUCAUGCGCCUCAGCAUAGCUAUGCGUCCCCACAGUAUUAUCUGCACUCACAACCAGAACCGCAGUAUUAUCCGCCUUCACAACAAGAGCCGCAAUAUCAUCCACCUUUGCAAGACCAUGGCAGUGCUAAAAAGACAAUACAGAGGAGGUAUUCGAGAAUUGCAGACAAUUACAACUCCUUAGAUCAGGUUACGGAGGCUCUUGCUAAUGCUGGUCUUGAAUCUUCCAAUCUCAUUGUUGGUAUUGAUUUCACAAAGAGCAACGAGUGGACAGGGAAGAGAUCAUUCAAUAGAAAAAGUUUGCACCACAUUGGACAUGGUUUAAAUCCCUAUGAACAAGCAAUAUCAAUCAUUGGGAAGACCUUAGCUGCCUUUGAUGAGGAUAAUUUAAUUCCUUGUUUUGGAUUUGGUGAUGCAUCGACGCAUGAUCAAGAUGUCUUCAGUUUCUACCCAGAUGAGAGAUUUUGUAAUGGAUUUGAGGAAGUGUUAAGCCGCUAUAGAGAAAUUGUGCCUCAUCUACGACUUGCAGGACCAACAUCAUUUGCUCCUAUCAUUGAAAUGGCUAUGACCAUUGUUGAGCAGAGCGGUGGCCAGUACCAUGUGUUAGUGAUAAUUGCUGAUGGCCAGGUAACUAGAAGCAUUGAUACUCAGCGUGGCCAGCUAAGUCCACAAGAGAAGAAGACUGUUGAUGCCAUAGUGCAAGCAAGCAAGCUUCCUCUGUCGAUUAUAUUGGUUGGUGUUGGAGAUGGACCUUGGGACAUGAUGAAGGAGUUUGAUGAUAACAUUCCUGCUCGAGCAUUUGAUAAUUUUCAGUUUGUGAAUUUCACGGAGAUUAUGUCAAAGAAUACAGCCCCAUCUCGAAAGGAGACAGAAUUUGCUCUAGCUGCUUUAAUGGAGAUGCCUUCACAGUACAAAGCAACCAUUGAGCUUAAUAUUCUGGGUGGUCGAAAGGGAAAUGUUCCUGAGAGAGUUCCCCUACCUCCUCCUGCAUAUGGUGCGGCAUCUUUCAACAGCUCGAAACCUUCCUAUUCUACUAGUUUCCAAUAUGGUUCAGCAUCUUUCAGCAGCUCAAAACCAACUCAUCCUACCCGUUUCCAAGCAACCGUCCCUCCUUAUCCUGAAGAUACUAGUCCUGUCAGCUCAACUCCCCCAGCUCCAAGUUCUACUUAUGAUAGUCAGCUUUGUCCCAUUUGCCUUAGUAACUCGAAAGACAUGGCAUUUGGUUGUGGACAUCAGACCUGUGAAGAAUGUUCGAAAGACCUCGAAACCUGUCCAAUAUGUCGAAGUCCAAUCCAAACGAAAAUCAAGCUCUACUUCUGAUUUU